AUGGAAAAAGAAGGUAGGGUGAAGGUGUUUAUAGUUGUUUUGCUUAUAAUGAACGAAACUACUAUUCUGUUACAAUUUCCGGAAUCUUCAACACCAAAAUGACAAUUUAGUCGCCUUACACCCAGCAAACUUUCAAAUUUUUACUAUAAUAAAACAAUGCAACAAGGUGAAGAUCAAAACGGAAGCCUCGCAAAUGUAGACCCGCAUGCUUUAUCUGAAGUCAACGAUAGCUUAUUUUCGACCAGUAAAGUUUUAACGAAAAAGCCCAUACGUAAAUCUGAGAAAGUCGUAAAAGACUUAAACAUAUCAUUCACACAGAAAACCCUGAAAUCAGCUUUUGAGAAAGAAUUCAAGAAGCGCAAGAAAGAAUUCAAAAAGCGAUAUGACUACUACUUAAAAAUUAAGAAGGCUCUGAAGAUAGUCAAGGCUAGCCAGCCAGAUAUUGAUGAUUUAUCCAAGAAGGAGCUACUUGGUGAACUCAGACUAAACCAAACUCUCUCUCAGAAAAAGAAAGUUGAUCUUGAAAUCGAUAAUGAGAAUUAUAAGUACAAGAUAUCGAUUCUUCGUGAGAAUAAGAAGCAUGAUAUGGAGCAUCUACAUGAGAAUCCAGGUAGCUCCUUUACUGCAAGGGCCAAUGUCUCCUCGAUUAAACUCCCUAAAGAAGACUUGAUCUCCUCAAUGAAAGAAUACAAGGACAAGUAUAAAUAAAUUGAUGGCUUUGAAAGCAAAGAAUGAUGAGAAAUUACAAAAGGCAAAAAGAAAUUUAGAAGCCCUCAAAAAUAAGAAUGGGAUGGACUUGAUCAAGGAGCUCAAUCUAGGGCCGAAGAGAAGAAAAGAUUCCAUAGCUGAUUUGUUAGAGAAAAAGAGAGAGAUGGCUAUGAAUGGGGACUUUAAAUUGCCCAAAAUGCGAAACUACACCAAGAGAAAUUUCAUCCCAGCCCAAAACAUAUCAACAGUUGAAGAAGAGGAAGACUGAGAGGAGUUUGAAUCCUCUGGUAAGUCUAGAGACUACAUCAACCUCACAAGAGAUGCUCUAAAGAAAAUGGACGGGUCAAAGCCAGAAAGAACUAGACAAACUAUUGCCCAUAUCAACUUUACCACAGAAGAGAACAAGGCUUGAACAAAAGAUAACCUCCAGAAAAUGAACCUCAAACAGAACAGACAGACCUUCCAUGGGUCAUUAGUUGGGAAUUUAAUGAAUUCCUAUAAGAACCCAGGAGCCGUGCAUUCUCAAAUUAAUUUUAAGACAAGCGGAGUAACCAGUUGCGGAAAACUAUUUAUGCUAGCAGAUAGACUUUCAUUUGCAGGAACCUCUAGUGUUAUAGGGCACAGCUUUUCCACUAUCGGGUCUGUAUUUUCAUCAAUUAGCGGCUCCAGAUCAAACCUCAUUUCAGAGACUGAAGAGUAGAUGCUGAACAGAAGCUUGUUCAUAUUCUCAUCAAAGGAUUAGGAUAUUAUCAGCAU